AGGUCAAUGACGCCUGGGGUUUAUGGUGUAGAUGCUGUGAGUAUUAGUGUUCGUGGUGAACCUGGUCUUACUGUAACAGCAGGGGCUGGUUUUCCAUCUCCUUUACAAGCUCAGACUUUACUAAACCAAAGACAUGAGGUCGGAGCUGGCAUUGGCUCAAGUGUUUCUACUGACUUCUUUAGAGAAAGGUUUGUGCCUUCGAGGAGUGGUGAUGGUCUCCUAGUCCUGAAAGGGGAAUCAAUUAACAUUUAGUUUGUGGAUGAACUUCUCACUGACUGUACCAGAAGAGAAGUAGGCCAUCUAUUUCGUCCAUUCAUUGGCUUUAAAGAAAUCAAAGUAGUUCACAAGGAGCCUAGACACAGUGGAGAUAAGGCAAUGGUUUUAUGCUUUGUGGAGUUUGUGGAUCCAAAGUGUGCUUUGACGGCUAUGGAAGCUCUACAAGGUUACAAGUUUGAUGACAAGAAACCUGAUUCCCUUCCAUUGAGGAUCCACUUUGCACAUUUUCCUUUCCGUCUACCAUCUUAUUCCGAUCAGAAACAAACUGGAAUCCGACACUGACGAAAAAAUGACCGGUAUGAAAUCCCUUGUCUUCGUCCAGAGAUGAGCAAAUCUUUUCAAUACAAAGGGAUUGACAAUGGUUAGUAGUAAACUACAAAGGGAGGGCAUAAACUCAAAGAGUUGAGCCAAAGCUUGCUUUGGUUGAGGUAUAGCUGCAAAACGAGGCAUUCUUAGAGAAUUGGGAACCUACUAAAAGCUCUUAUCUUGGUGAGAACAUCAAUCUUCUUUUGUUCUUGAUAUAAACUUUGUUUUCCUUUUAGACACCAAAGACUAAACUAUGGUUUCUGCAGCAGAAAUUUAUAACUAAGCUAGUGAUGCUGUGAUUCACCUGUUCUCAAUUCUAGUUUACUGAUUAUCACUUUGCCCCGUCAUGUUUAUUGGGUUCUGUAGUUUAGUGCUUAUGUUUAAAUGGAUUUGUACUCUUUCUUGCUUUUCAUGGAAUUGAUGGGAAAAGAUUCAGAAAGUGAUGGGAAAAGAUAAGGACAUGAGGAAUCAAUUACACAACCAGAUGAGUUUAGCACAUUGUUUACUGCUAAUAAACCUUUGCUGUUGUUCACACUUAAUUUUCUGAUACAGUCUUCAUCUUAUCUUAAGAUAUAAAGUAUGUUUAGAGAGAUAGAUGAGUUUAAGGUUGGCAAUUUUGUUUCUUUUAAGAAGAAACGAGUUUAAAAUCUUUAGAUUGCAGAAUUUAAUAUGCUUCUGGAGUUGUGGACCUUCAUAUGCAACAAAUCUUGGACUUUCAUACUAACCUUUUGAGUUUUUAAUUUAUGCUUUUGGAUUUCUCAAGCAUAUAUAUAAGGUAGGCUCAGUAAAAUAGGAAUAUAAAGAGCAAGUUAGUC